AUGAGUUACGCCAAAAAGGACGAGGAUGCCGAACACUCCGGCUUCAAGCUGGACCGAACUUCUGUUUUCCAAGAUGCUCGACUGUUCAAUUCCUCACCUAUAUCACCUCGAAAAUGCCGCACCCUACUCACCAAGAUCGCGGUCCUCCUUUUCACGGGGGAGAAAUUCCCCACGAACGAAGCAACCACUCUCUUCUUCGGGAUUUCCAAGUUAUUUCAGAACAAGGACCCCUCCCUGCGACAAAUGGUCUACUUGAUAUUGAAAGAGUUAGCACAUACUGCCGAGGAUGUCAUUAUGUCUACGAGCAUCAUUAUGAAGGAUAUGACCGUGGGGAGUGAGAUCAUCUACAAAGCAAAUGCUAUCCGAGCUCUCUGCAGGAUUAUCGACGCAACAACUGUUCAGGGCAUUGAAAGGUUAAUCAAAACCGCUAUUGUCGACAAGUCACCCGCUGUAUCGUCGGCAGCCUUGGUCUCAUCGUACCAUCUACUUCCCAUCGCCAGGGAUGUGGUUAGGCGGUGGCAGAGUGAGACUCAGGAGGCCGCUUCCUCUUCCAAAGCUAGUGGAGGAUUCCUGAGUUUCGGAGGUGGCUCCCAACAUUCUCUGGCCGCGUCAAACACGAAUUACAUGAACCAAUAUCACGCAAUUGGUCUGCUAUAUCAGAUGCGGUCACACGAUCGCAUGGCUCUCGUCAAGAUGGUACAACAAUACGGCGCUGCGGGAGCAGUCAAGAGUCCAGCGGGGGUCAUGAUGUUGGUACGGCUUGCGACCCGCCUCGCCGAAGAGGAUCCCAGUCUACGGAAACCUAUGAUGCAGAUGUUGGACGCCUGGCUGCGGCACAAGAGCGAGAUGGUCAAGUUCGAAGCUGCAAAGGCAAUUUGUAACAUGCCCGAUGUGACCGACGCCGAAGCAGCACAAGCUAUCGACGUCCUGCAAUCCUUCUUAACCUCUCCGAGGGCGGUCACGAAAUUCGCAGCCAUCCGCAUUCUCCAUUCAUUUGCCUCGUUCAAACCUCAAGCCGUCCAUUCAGCAAACCCAGAUAUCGAGGCUUUGAUUUCCAACAGCAAUCGGUCAAUCGCGACAUUUGCAAUCACAACUUUACUCAAGACUGGCAACGAGGCUAGUGUAGAUCGGCUUAUGAAGCAAAUAUCCGGUUUCAUGACCGAGAUCACAGACGAGUUUAAGAUCACCAUUGUCGAGGCUAUCCGAACACUCUGCAUGAAAUUCCCUAGCAAACAGGCCGGCAUGCUCACAUUCCUGAGCGGUAUCCUGCGAGACGAAGGAGGUUACGAAUUCAAACGUGCCGUAGUGGAGAGCAUGUUUGAUCUGAUCAAAUUUGUUCCGGGGAGCAAGGAAGAGACACUCUCACACUUGUGCGAGUUCAUCGAAGAUUGCGAGUUCACCAAGUUGGCGGUGCGGAUUCUACACCUUAUUGGCGUCGAGGGCCCAAAGACGCCGCAACCCACCAAAUAUAUCCGGUAUAUCUACAAUCGAGUCGUGCUGGAGAACGCACUGGUCCGCGCAGCAGCGGUGACCGCACUAGCAAAAUUCGGUGUGGGACAGAAGGACCCUGAGGUCAAAAAGAGUGUCGAGGUCUUGUUGACGAGAUGUUUAGACGAUACAGAUGACGAGGUGCGCGAUAGGGCGGCGCUUAACCUGCGGCUGAUGCACGAAGAGGACGACAUUGCAGACCGCUUCAUCAAAAACGACUCGAUGUUCUCGCUGUCGACCUUUGAGCACAAACUGGUCAUGUACGUGACAUCCGACGACAAGUCAGUUUUUGCUAAAGCAUUCGACAUUCAUUCCGUUCCAGUGGUAUCGCACGAACAAGCUUUGGCGGAAGAACGGACAAAGAAACUCAAUACCGCCACGCCUACAUUGAAGGCACCAAGUACAGGACCUGCGAAACCGAAGGUGAACGGAGCCGCAGAAGGACCCGCUGCCGGUGCUGCAGCCGCGCAGAAAUAUACCCAGAUCUUCUCCAGGAUACCCGAGCUGGCAGCAUAUGGGCCAGUGCUGAAAUCGAGUGCUGUGGUUGAACUGACAGAAAGCGAAACCGAGUACGUGGUGUCUGCCGUGAAACACAUCUUCAAGGAACACGUCGUGGUACAAUAUGACAUCAAGAAUACUCUUGAUCAUACUGUACUUGAGAACGUGACUGUCCUAGCGUCACCUGCCGACGAAGACGAACCUACCUUGGAAGAAGAAUUCAUAAUUCCUGCCACUGCUCUGAAAACCAACGAACCGGGAGUUGUUUAUGUUGCGUUCCGCAAACUAGGUGGCGAAUCUGCCUUCCCAGUUACCGCAUUCACGAACGUCCUCAAAUUUACGAGCAAGGAAAUCGAUCCCACAACGGGCGAAGCCGAAGAAGGAGGCUAUGAAGAUGAAUACGAAGUCGAGAAUUUGGAAUUGACAGGCGCGGAUUUCGUCAGUCCCGCAUUCGCGGGCAAUUUUGAUCACAUUUGGGAGGGUACGGGCGCGAAUGGAGAGGAAGUUAGCGAGACGUUGGUGUUGGGAAAUGUCAAGACAUUGGCCGACGCAACGGAACAGCUCUCGCAAGCUCUUUCUCUACAACCCCUCGACGGCACCGACGUGGUUCUAUCCAACACAAGCCACACCUUGAAAUUGUACGGCAAGUCUGUCACUGGUGGGCGAGUGGCAGCGCUGGUGAAGAUGGUGCAUUCGGCCAAGACUGGGGUUACUGUGAAGGUCAGUGUAAGGACUGAUGAGACAGGAGGCGGUCUUGCACAGGGUGUCAUUGGUGCACUCUCCUAA